AUGCUGACCAUACGGAAAAAGCUGGAGGAGCAGGCGGCGUCUGGAAGCUCCGCUGACGGGGGGAGGGGGGAGAGCAGGAGGGUCAGGAGAAGGAUGUCCAUCAGAUCCCAGUUGCUCACUGAGGAGGUCAGAGAAUUGGGACAGAUCCUUCCAAAAACCUGUACAGUUAACUUCCCCAAUCACGACAAUUUCAGGACUUUCAUCGUAACCAUAAGACCAGAGGAAGGCUACUGGAAAGGAGGUAUAUUUCAUUUCAAUGUACAAGUACCAGAGGACUACAACAACAAGCCACCGAACGUCAGUUGUAAUACCAGACUCUGGCAUCCCAACAUCAACGAGACUGGAGACGUGUGUCUGAGCAUACUGAGGGAGACGUCAAUAGAUGGCACCGGCUGGUCACCUGCUAGGAGACUAAAGGACGUAAUACUGGGCCUCAAUUCUCUCUUCACGGAUCUCCUAAACUUUGACGAUCCACUAAAUCUUGAGGCUGCACAGCACUACGAACGAGACAAGAAUUCCUUUGCCCGUAAGGUGUACCAGUUUGUGAAGCUCUACGCCAGUUAGCAGCCGCUCUGUGUGUGUCUCUUCUCCAAACACUUUCAGACAUGCAUGUCGCUCCCCACAUGAACCGAGCUGUCCAUCCAUUAUGUUUUUAGCACUGUUUUCAUUCUGUUUUGUACUAUUACCUGCUCAAAGCGUGAAGUAUAUAGAUAAGGAAAUGGCAAUGUAUAUACUGGAGACGUACAAAAGGUUAUUGCAUAAAACUUCAAGUGUGUCUACAUGUAUAGGUAGAGUGUUGUGGGUUCCAAUCCUUCCCAGAGGUGCUCUUCUACAAAAAUGCAUGGUCGGCUCAUUCAUCAUUACCACAAGAUGGAGUU